AUGGAAGAACCACAACAUAUCAUCGAUAAACCGAGAAUCGCCUCUUACGCGUUUGCUUUUGAUAUUGACGGAGUGCUAGUAAAAGGGUCGGAAACGAUUCCAGAAGCUCCCGAAGCUCUGAGGAUCUUGAACGGUGAUAACAAAUAUAACAUAACUGUGCCAUAUAUUUUUGUUACCAAUGGCGGCGGAAAAACUGAGAAGUUACGUUGUGAAGAUCUUUCUGAUCGCCUUGGAGUUCCGGUCCUACCGGAGCAGUUUAUUCAGGGUCAUACUCCAAUGAAAGAUUUGGCGGAAAAGUUCAAUACCGUUCUAGUAGUUGGAGGAGUGGGCGAAGCGUGCCGGAACGUAGCUCAUAGUUAUGGAUUCAGAGAUGUAGUUACACCAGGUGAUAUCUUAAAAUGGAACCCACAUGUCUCCCCUUACAGAACAUUGAGCGAAGAUGAAUAUAAUAAUUCGAAAGAACGAGAUUUUUCCAAAGUGGCUAUAGAAGCUAUACUAGUAUUUGCCGACUCUCGUGAGUGGGCUUCAGACCAGCAGAUAAUUCUUGAAUUACUCAUGUCAAAGAAUGGCGUCAUGGGUACGACUUCAGAAAAUCAUGACGAAGGGCCACCCAUCUACUUUGCUCAUAAUGACUUUGUUUGGUCUACAAACUACAAGUUGAAUAGAAUUGGGAUGGGUGCUCUUUUAGUAUCAAUAUCAGCACUCUACCAAGAACACACAGGCAGACAGUUAGACAAAGUAAUCAAGUUUGGCAAGCCAAACCAAGAAACGUUUGCUUAUGCUUCGAAAGUGUUGACCGACUGGCGCCAACAGUCAUACGGUUCAUUCUCGGACAGACAUACCACCGAUGAGUCGGACUCAGCCUUGACAACAACAGCGGCUACUACUCCAAACUCAGCUAAUAAUAUUGUUCUGGAAGGAGAAGAGAGCGAAGCCGAAGAGAUCAAGGAAUACUUACCAAGUGCAUCAACCGUGUAUUUUGUCGGUGAUACACCAGAAUCUGAUAUUAGGUUUGCAAAUACUUUCGAUAAAAGAUGGCAUUCGAUUUUAGUGAAAACUGGUGUAUACCAGGAUGGGACGGAGCCAACUUUUAAGCCGAAAACGAUAUGCUCAAAUGUUCUUGAGGCAGUUAAGUUUGCCAUAGAGAGAGAGCAUCUCAAAGAACUAGAGGAGAUGGGAUCUGCUUGA